CCAGUCCAUAUGCGCAUACUUGUGGUGGAAGCCUUCUGGACGAGAACACUAUUCUUACAGCUGCUCACUGUGUUUACAAUCGGGCCGCCUCCGACUUUCUAGUGGUGGCGGGAAGCGAAUAUCGUGCAGACAUGGAUGGCGUGGUGACACGGGUGGAACUUUUCAUAUUCCCACCGCUGCCACUUACACAUGAGAAGAUUGCACCCAUACAACUGGCACAGGCAGCACCCGCGGAAGGUACUAUGGCCACUGUGUCCGGUUGGGGAGACACCACAGAGGGCGGGUUUCCAUCCACACAUCUGCAAAGAACGCAGGUAUUGGUGAGAGAAAGCGAGAAGUGUCAGGAAGACUAUUACUGGCGGCCCAUAACCGACGGCAUGCUGUGUGCAGGGUACAAUGGUGGCGGACAUGAUGCCUGCAAUGGGGACUCUGGUGGACCUUUGGUUGUCAAUAAACAGCUAGUGGGGAUUGUGUCAUGGGGAGAGGGAUGCGCACGCGCUGAUUUUCCAGGUGUCUAUGCAAAUGUGACGCAUUUUUUGCACUGGAUUGCUGAAAAUCGUAGCUAAGCGGCGGCAUGAGCUCGUCACAAUAGAAUCGAAAAUAUUACGAAAUUACCUGGUAAACUACUAUCGGCAACAAGUUUUAUAACACCAAUAACUAAAACCAUUACUUCUUACUGUAUCCAAUCAAAUUUACAAGCAAUAUAAUUUGGAUCGAUAAGAGUUUGUACAAUUUAGACAAGCGAUCGUAA